GUUUUCUGUGAUUUGUCUCUUGUAAUUACUAAUUACAAAUCUUCAAUAAUUAUAUCUCGAAUGUUUGUGUGUUAAAAUGAAAAAAUAUUUGUAAAAAUGUAUUAAAGUUCGUUUUUAUGUCUAAAAUGUGUAGAGAGAUAAAUUUUUGUAACCUUGUUCCAUUACUUGACAUCCAUUAGUGAGAUUAACGUCCAUUUUUUCAAGUAAUAAAAUAACUUUAUACGGCAUUUAAUGGAUAAUUAAAAGUAUUACGUUAGUUCAAACGAAAAAUGGCAUCAAGUCAAAAUCCACCUUAUGGAAAGCUUCCUAAAACCAAGAGGGGUUCAAUGAAUAGACCUCAAAGUGGUACAAUGGAAGAUUUUUCAUUAGGAUUUCGUAGUGACAUUGAGAACGAGCCAGUUAUAGCGGCUUACAAGUCGAGGUUGCACGCUUUAUUUACUCAAAUCGAAAAGGAAUUCGAUAAUUUGUUCCAGGAAAAUCAAAAUCUGCAAGAAAAAAUAGAGAUUUUAAAUGAAAAGCUGGAAAAGGAUACAUUUGACAAACCUGAUUAUGCCGACUUUGAGAGCAACAUGUCCAAAGUGCUCACUAAGAAACUCAGUUCUUCAUCUCAAAAGUCUAAAACAGCUCAUAAACUGAAAGCACAAACUAGUAAAAUUGUAUCUAGUUUUAAGGCACCUCAGUUAAGCUGUGGCUUAGUUAAAGAAUAUGGUGGUCACAAAGAUGGGGUGUGGGAGGUGUCUGUAGCGAGACCAGGUGUACCAGUCAUUGGUACAGCUUCAGCAGACCACACUGCUUGCGUUUGGAAUAUAGAAUCCUCCAGAUGUUUACUGCAGUACCAAGGUCAUUCAGGUUCAGUAAAUUCAAUACGCUUUCACCCAUGCAAAGAUUUGGUUCUCACCGGAAGUGGUGAUUAUUUGGCUCAUAUUUGGCAAGCUGCAUUAAAUUGGGAUCUACCUAAAGGCCACUCCUCCGAAGAAGAAUUAGAAGAAGGUUGUGAUAUUGGUGGAGGAGAUGAUGCUUCAGAUUUUGGAAGUCAGCAACAGCAAAAAGUCUCUACUCUACGAACGCCCGUUGGUGAAUUGAGUGGCCAUUCAGGCCCUAUUGCCGCUGCCGAAUGGCUAGCUGGCGGGGAUUUAGCUAUUACAGCUUCCUGGGAUCGAACUGCCAUUUUGCAUGAUAUCGAUUCCGGGGUUCAACUUCUUACAUUAACAGGCCACGAUCAGGAAUUGACCCAUACGGCCAGUCAUAACUCGCAAAAGUUGGCUGUAACGUCAUCCCGGGACACGACUUUCCGGCUGUGGGAUUUUAGGGAGGGCGUCCACUCGGUGUCCGUUUUUCAAGGGCACACUGAGAGCGUGACAUCUGCGGUUUUCGCGCGUGACGAUAAAGUAGUGUCCGGUUCGGACGACCGCAGCGUAAAAGUGUGGGACUUGCGCAAUAUGCGUUCCCCAGCAGCAACGAUUCGCGUGGAUUCGGCCGUCAAUCGCCUUUCAGUCUCCAACAACGGAUUGAUCGCGAUUCCACACGAUAACAGACACAUCCGCCUUUUCGAUUUGAAUGGGCAAAGGUUAGCGAGGUUGCCGAGAUCCAGUCGUCAAGGGCACACAAGGAUGGUAGCCGGCACGGCUUGGUCUGACGAGGUUCUCGGAGGAGUAAACCUCUUUACUUGCAGUUUCGACAGACGGGUGCUGGGAUGGUGCAUAUCCUCCUUGAAGGAUUUAUAAGGAGAUGGAUUUAUAUGUGAUACUUUUUUCAAUUCGUUGGUAGAAGUUAGUUCCUUGCUUUAGACAAUCGGUGCGCCCCUGAAAAUUUCGUUAGGUAGUUUUUAUGAUUAUCCACAUCUAGUCCAAUUUUUAAAUAUUUUUUUUUUGUGAAACGUUAAAGCCCUCCUAAGGACAGGGCGUGACCUCAUGGUGACGUCAUUGCCUUCAUUAAAGUGACAAGUUUAUGGGUUGUGUAUGUGAGUAAUAAUUUAAAAUGAGUAGGUAUUGCGUGGUUCUUAAUUCCUGAGUUCUUCGAGAAAUGAUCCAAAAAAUCUAUGCAUAAGAGUACCUUUCAAUCAAUUGGUAGAAUGCGAUGCGUGAAGAGUAGUUUACUAAUCAUAUUUUUAUCUAUAUAGGUAAUUAAAAUAAAAAUUUGUAUUUUAUUCCAAGGAUUCCCAGGUGCUUUUUUUGAUUAGAAAUCAAUUUCUGUAUUGGUCUUGUAAAUUCAUAAAAUAUAAAUUAGUAAAUUAACAAUGGACUUCAUAAAUUUGAAGUAAUUGGUCGGUUCAAGUUAUUAUGAUUUUUUUCGAAUAAAAAUCAACCGUCCGUUUCACGGUUGCGUUUUCCACCUUGAUUUUUCAAUUAAUUUAAUUUCAAUAAUAAUCAUGUGAAAGUAUAUACAAUCUGUAAGAGUUAUCUAGAAAUUUUGCAAAGUUCUUGGUAUUGUUAACUUUGUAAUUUUGUUUUAUUUAUUUAAAUAUUUUUUUGCGUGUUUGGAUUUAGUGCUAAAAACAAAGAUAACUUUUAUCAGUCCGACCUAUUUGAUUUCCGCACGGUUUAUGAAAUAUUUAUUUGAUUUGUUAUUAAAAAAUAUUUGUCAAAGUAAUAUGUAGGGUGUUUUCUAAGUGAAUGUCAAUAAUUAAAUUAAACCUCUUAACGUUUGCGAUCCGGAAAGAAAAGCUAAUUUCUCUGCAUGAUGUCAUAUUAGUGAUAUUGUUAUGACCAUGCAGAGAAGAAGUUUUUAUUUUUUAAGCGAAAAUCGGACAUCGUAAUGAAAAAAAUCAAGGAAUAAGAAUUUUUAUUUCAAGAGAAAUCAGUGGCGUACCAUCAAUGUCUGCUAAACUAGGCAAGUGAAAUUGCGUGCGCUCGCCGCUGGUGUAUUUAAAUACAUAAUACAUACAUCUGUAUUAAAUUUUAUUAAAAUAUCUAAAGUAUUACAGAUAUUAAAAAAAUAUAUUUUAUUUUUGAUAACUUUACCACCCUGUACCUGUUACCAAAAGUUAUGACGUUUAGGACAUAUCUUCAUAUGUUUUAAAAUGGACACAAAAAUCGCCCCCUAAAUUAUUGACAUUGAAUUAGAAAACACGCUGUAUAUAUAUCCCCAUUUUCUGCAAUGCAGUAUAAGUUGCCUCCAUGCGGAUUGCUUCUCUUACAGCACUCGUUUGAUUCAGAUAAAUAAUUUUCUUUUGAAUGAAAAAAAAACACCCGAUAUAUUUCUUGACUCGAAAAUUAAGAAAAUUCAUUAAAUGUAUUCCUUUUCUUUUUGACAAUAUUAAUUGUUAACUUAAUCUUGCGGGCUUUUCAUAAUAUUCUGAUUUUUCAACAAGUCAUAUAGCCUUAAAUAUUUUGUAAACCUUGCGGAAAUUAAAUAGAUCGGUUUCACUUUCACUUUUACCUUUUUUUUUACCACUAAAUCCAAAAACGGAAUAAAAUAUAGAGAGUUUUAAUAAAAUUUCAAUGUUGAUGUCGAUAGUAAAGCACCCUGUAUAAUCCAAAAGUGAAUAAUCUAAAAAUGCCCUUAAAUACAAAAGAACUUUUGUAUUUAAAAUAUUUUCAUAAUGAGAUUACAGGUUAAACAUGUAUGUCUAAUCUUGUGACACACCUAGUACCUGUAGGGGGUACCUUCAAUUUUUUAUAUAUUUUCUUCAUUUAUUCACCCUCCAUUAGAUAUACUCCUAAUAUAACCUGUUACUUACCUCUGCAAUUUUAUUCUUCACAGUUCCCCACAUACAAAGUCUUUAUUUUGAUUAAAAUAGUCCAUUACCAUAAUGUCAAAAUCUAGUAAAUUCGAGAAAUCCUCUAUAAAUCCCGUUUGAAGUGAAUACACUGUCAAAACAGUUAAUGAACAACAAUGCUAUAAAAACCAAAGGCACACAAUGAACACUGUUUAGAGAAAAAAACGAACGCGCGUGCCCAUGCUAGCAAUGCAGGGAAUGACGUCACGAAUCCGUCGAAUUUUUCUAGCGUCGUACGAUCGUUUGUCAUUAUUUAGGUUUUAUUAUUGUUUUUAAAGAUUAUUUAAAGUCGUUAGAGAGUUUUUACCAAGAUAUCUUCAAAAAUUGAAGUCAAAAGUUUGAAGGGCAGGUGUUUUACCGCACUAUAUCGGGCUGCAUAUAAUUCCUGUAGUUUUUCCUUGAAUGUGAGUUUAACUCAGACGCCUUCUCAGCGCAUCCUAGAUUACUACUACUAAACUACCGAUAGUACUCUAAAAUCCUGAUUAUUGAUUGGAAUGAAACUAAAAGUAGUUAGUAGUAGUGAAAUGUUAGUAUCCAUAUUUGGCGAGAAAAGCGUCGUAAAUGCUGUCGUUGAGCAAAUAUUUAGAGGAAUAGGGUUA